AUGGGUCGCCAAAAGGGUAUAAGUUUAACUCAAUCGUUUGAUGGGAAAAUUCUCAAACUUAUUAAUGGAUUAAUUGAGGAGAAAGUACAACAAAACAAAAAAGAUACCUCUUCCGAAUUGAAUGGUGUGAAUAUCGACAAUAAUGAGGAGGAGAAUGGUGAUGAUGAUGCAGAAAAUAGCAAUAAUAAUGAUGAAAACAAGCUCAUACGAAGUAUCACCACUUCUGAGGCCCUAAGAUAUGUGGUCUCUCAUGAUGCUUCUUUGGCUAGAAAUAAACGUACUUUGAUUGAAAAAAGUAUUGAAAGGGUACUUAGCGAAUUGAAAAUUCAAGAAGAAAUGGCAGAAAAUGAUAUGAUGAAUGCUCCACAUGAAAACAAUGGGGAUAUUGAUGGCCCAGUUUCCGGCUCAGCACCAACAAACAACAAUAGCCAAAACAACAUCUCAAAUGAAAAUAAAGAAUCCCUUGAAGCUAUUUCUAAGACUAGCGGCGGGAAAAAGCGUACCAAGGAUGCCCUAAAUAGUGGGCGUGCUUCCAAAAGACAAAAGGAUAGAAGUCCGCCAAAUGCAUCAUUAUCUCAGCUUGGUGGGAUGGAUGAUAUCAUUGGUCAAUUAAUGGAACUUAUUGGUAUGCCUAUAAUUCAUCCUGAGAUCUAUUUGUCUACCGGUGUCGAACCACCAAGAGGGGUUUUGCUUCAUGGGCCACCGGGGUGUGGGAAAACAACGUUAGCUAACGCAUUGGCUGGUGAUUUACAGGUACCAUUUUUGUCGAUCAGUGCCCCAUCAAUAGUUAGUGGCAUGAGUGGGGAAAGUGAAAAGAAAGUCAGGGAAUUAUUUCAAGAGGCUAAGCUGCUUGCUCCCUGCUUGAUAUUUAUGGAUGAAAUUGACGCCAUCACCCCAAAAAGAGAUGGUGCUCAACGUGAGAUGGAAAAGCGGAUUGUAGCGCAAUUAUUAACUUGUAUCGAUGAACUUUCAAUGGAAAAGAAUGGUGGUAAACCUGUUGUGAUCAUUGGGGCAACCAAUAGACCGGAUGCUAUUGAUCCAGCGUUGAGAAGAGCGGGAAGAUUUGAUCGGGAAAUUUGCCUUAAUGUUCCGUCAGAAGACUCAAGAGUGCAUAUAUUGAAAGCGAUGACCAAGAGCUUGAAGAUUGACGGGGAAUUAGAUUACAGAAGGUUAGCUAAGGCCACUCCAGGGUAUGUUGGGGCAGAUUUGAAGGCCUUGGCUACUGCCGCAGGUAUUUGUGCCAUUAAAAGAAUUUUUACCACAAUGUCUGUUAUCAGCACUUCUGAUGAAUCUCAGUUACUUUUGAAGAAUGGAAAUGAUGUUGAUGCUAUGGAUAUUGAUGAAGAAACAAAUAUAGUAACAGUAACUGAAGCAACUGCUCCUUUUUAUGAUGAAGAAACUUUGGCGUUAAUCAAUAGUGAAGACUUUUUGAAACUAUCCACAAUCCAAAGAUUUUUGAAGCUUCAUCCAAAAUCAUUGACUGCUGAGCAAUUAGCUCCUCUCAGUAUCACAUUUGAUGAUUUUCUUAGUGCAUUACCUACCAUUCAACCAACAGCCAAGCGUGAAGGUUUUGCCACGAUACCUGACGUUAGUUGGUCUAACGUGGGGGCGUUAUCUAACAUCAGGGUCGAACUUCACAUGGCCGUGGUGCAACCUAUUAAGAGACCUGAACUUUAUGAGAAAUUUGGGAUUACUGUUCCAGGGGGUGUCUUGCUUUGGGGUCCACCGGGAUGUGGUAAAACAUUGCUUGCCAAAGCUGUGGCCAAUGAAUCCAGAGCCAACUUCAUCUCAAUAAAGGGACCAGAAUUAUUGAACAAAUAUGUGGGUGAAUCAGAAAAGGCAGUGCGUCAAGUAUUCAAUCGUGCCAGAGCUUCGGUUCCAUGUAUUAUUUUUUUCGAUGAGUUAGAUGCUUUGGUUCCUAAGCGUGAUACCUCCUUAUCCGAAUCAUCAUCAAGGGUCGUCAACACUCUAUUGACGGAACUUGAUGGGUUGAAUGAUAGAAAGGGAAUUUUUGUAAUCGGGGCGACUAAUAGACCAGAUAUCAUUGAUCCAGCAAUGUUGAGACCUGGGAGAUUAGACAAGACUUUGUAUGUUGAAUUACCAACUCCUGAUGAGCGUUUGGAGAUUUUACAGACGAUUGUCAGUUCUAACAAGACCCCAAUCGGGGAUGAUGUCAAUUUGGAGAAAAUUGCCAGAGAUGAUAAACUCAAAUAUUUUUCAGGUGCAGAUCUUGCAGCACUUGUACGUGAAGCGGGUGUUUUUGCAUUGAAGAAGAGAUUUUAUAAAAACAUUGAGCAACUAGAUGAAGAAGUUAAUGAAGAAGAAGGUAAAGAAGAGGUCAACGUUGUUAGUAUGGAAGAUUUUGAAAAUUCAUUAGCGAAGGUAAAGGCCAGUGUCUCAAUGCUUGAAUUGAAGAAGUAUCAUGACAUCAAAAAGAAGAUGAAUGGCGUUAUUACAGAUUUGAAAUCGUAA